UUACUGGAAUGGAAUGUUAGACCAGAUAUUGCAUGUGAGGUGAUCCAGGGAUUGAGUUACUUACAGGACAACGAUAUAGUGCAUCGAGACAUCAAGUCGUCCAACGUACUUCUAGAUGAGGAGUUCCACGCAAAACUUUCGGAUUUCGGAUUUGCAAUGGUGAUACGGCCGGGCAACCCUCCUCAAUUGAGAAUGCGGGAGGGGACGAUAGGGUACUGUCCCCCCGAGACAGAUGUCGGUUUCAAAACUGACGUAUACAGCUUCGGGGUACUUCUGUUGGAGCUCGUCACUGGACAAACAGCUUAUGAGGUGAACAGAGCCCCAGGACGCGAGUUAGCCAAAUGGGUAUGCGCGCAUUUAGAAAGUCAAAGCAGUAGCGAAGCGAGCCUUUAG